GGGGAGGUACCCAAACGAAUUCAAGGUUCUCGAUGCAGAAAUAUGGAAACAUUACGAAUGCAAUAAACAGACUGAAGAAGUUUACAACUGGAAAAUGGAAGUGCGAAAUCGUUUACUGGCCGAGUUUAAGCCGGUUCCUAUCAUCAAAAUGGCGUUACAUCCACCGUAUCAGGAGCUUGAUCUAGACAUUAAUGUCAACAACACUGCUGGCAUUUACAAUUCUCAUUUGAUUCAUUACUAUUCUCUCUUGGACCAACGAUUUCCCGCUGUGUGUCUUUUGGUGAAACAUUGGGCAAUCACGAAUGGAAUAGGAGAUGCUGCAACCGGUUCAUUCAAUAGGCACACAAUGUCACCGGAUUCAUUCAUUUAUAGAGUUUUUAUUGAGGAACCUUUCGACCGAAAUAACACCGCAAG